AAAAAGUUAGAGCCCGGCGCCCCGUUUCCGUCCGACGCGAUUGCCAUGAGCAAGAAGGAGGUUGUCGCUUUGCUCGUCGUUUUCAUUCUCUUCGUUGUGAUUGGCGGUGCUGUUUUCAUGGCUGUCGAAGGUCCUCAGGAGCUGGAAACGCGAGCUGAACUCGUUCAACUGAGAAGAAAGUUUUUUGACAAGCUCGAGGAGCUUCAUCAUCCGAACUUCACGAAACGAGAAAUGGUAGAAAUGAUACGACAACUAGCGAACGCUCGAUCUCGGAAUUUGCUCGACAUGUCAGGACGUGAGACGAACGUCAAUUGGAACUUCUACAAUUCAUUUUUCUUCGCAAUAACUGUCGUUACUACAAUAGGAUACGGACACGUUUCGCCGUCAACGGUGUCAGGAAGACUUUUCUGUGUUGCAUACGCUAUGAUAGGCGUCCCUCUCACCGGUAUCUUACUCGCUGCGAUUGGUGACCAUUUUAGUAAGCAUCUUGUUAAACGAAUCAAUGCUGCCCGAAAGGUCUACACAUCGAAGAUCGCUCUGGCGGUAAACGCAGCCACGUUUCUCGUCCCUUGGCUCGUGGUAUUUCUGAUCCUCCCCGCCGGACUUUUCAUGUACAUCGAAGGCUGGACUUACUUAGAAGCUUUGUACUACUGCUUCAUCUCUCUCGCCACCAUAGGAUUCGGCGAUUACGUAGCAGGCAAUUUCGAGGGUGACUACAUCUGGAUUUACAAGGCUGCCGUUGUGCUGUGGAUCAUAUUCGGGCUGGGCUAUCUAGCUAUGAUCCUCAAUUAUAUAAGUAGAGCAAUGCGCUCGAAAAAGGUGCGUCGGAUGGAACACCGUCUCUCCUCAAGCUUCCAAAACACGCAACAGAAACUCGGGGCUCGACUUGAUGAAAUGCAGAAAAUUCUCCAGGAAUUCGCUGUGAAGCAGCGCAAAACCCGACCAUCACCGAGGAAGUGCCGUUCUUUCGGUAACAUGGUGGAGGAGAAUGAACGGGACGGCGGCUACAGACUCUCCGGAAGUCGUCCAGGAAACCGCGUCACAAUUGUUGAACAUCCCAGUAGCGAAGGGAGCGAGACAGGCGAGAUCGAACGCCUCUUGACGCUCGUCGAAGUGCUCAAGGAAGAAUCGAGUCAGAAUCUCUACAGAACGAAACAACUUCUCGAGGACACAGAGCGAGAUCUAUUGUCCUUCUGCAGGGAAGAUUCAGCAGAUUCCAGUCGCGGGGUUGCCUUGACCGUCCCCGGCACUCCGAACCGACGGCAUUCCUUGCCGGUCCUCCUCACUCCGUCUCCCCCAACCUCUGGAGACUCUCUGAGCGGGGAAAUCCCUGGUCUUGUGACGGCCCUCAACUUCCCUUCUCCACGUGCCGAGUUCGCUGCGUCCCCUGGAAACGCGUCUUUACUCGGUCGAUCUUUCCAAUCCUUCCUUUACCGCAAACGUCCAGACAUCCUUGAUCUGGAAACCGGGAACCGAGGGAGUGACGAAAGCGUCAGAGGAGUCAAGCGCAAGUUUUCCGGCGGAAGCACGGCUGGACUCGGGGGCCACAGAAUGACUUGCGGACCCGUCGUCGAUGAUGACGGGGAAUUGGACACGGUACAGAGCAGUCGCAUGUAG